AUGCCCAUAUCAUGAAAGAGUAAAGGCGCUCUUUCAACGGCCACAAAUGGCCUCCUUCACUUUCAGUACCCUGCAUCAGCAAAAACAAGUCUUCUCUUUCACCCUCUGUAAGUACCCAUCACCUCUUAAUACUUUUAAGUUCCCUCAUUUAUCUCAUUUUCUCUCAAAUUUCUCACCCGCCAAACGCACGCUCAAGCCAAAACACUCUUACCUUCUAGUAGAUAGAGUACAUGGUGGCUAUUGCCAUGCAAGAUCGUCCACCACUGUACAUGAGGUGUCAACAGAAAACAUGAAUUUGAGACCUGAAAGACAAACUACUUCUUUACAGUCUAUGAAUGAGAGAACAGAUGAAAAUUCUCUUGAAACCCUUUUGAGUUUAAAGCUAGAGGAAAAGGAAAGAGUUGAAAAGAGGUUUACAAAAGAUAAAAAUGGCAGGAGGAAAUUGGGUUUUCGACAAAGGAGGGAGAUGGAUACUGGGAAUUCUUCUUUGAGGUCGAAAGGUCAAAAAACAGUAAUUAAACCUUUAAAAGAUGCGGAUAGUUUAGCAGAAAAUGGGAAAACAGAUAAGAGAAGCAAAGAGAGUGGUGUUAACCAAAAAGUAGAUAAGGGAACCAAAAAUACUAGUGAGAAAAAGAUAUCAGAAAAAAAUGUGAGGAAGCAGCCUAAGAAGAACAAGGCUGACUCACCAGGAUUUAAGUUGAGAGUCGAGUUGGAUAUGUGUUCAAAGAGAGGAGAUGUUACGAGUGCAAUUCAAUUGUAUGAUAAGGCUCUGAAAGAAGAAAUAAAGUUAGAGCAGUACCACUACAGUGUGAUUCUGUAUCUUUGUUCCUCUGCUGCUGCUGGUGUUGUUCAACCUGCUAAAAGUGGGAGUAUUAGUCGAACUUUGAAUACAUUAAGCUUGUCUAAUGAAAGUUAUAGAGUAAAUGCCAUUGAGUUGGGAGAAUCAAUGGAUAGGAGUAAUGGAAAUGCUAGUCAUACAGAACUUAAUAUUAAUUUUUCAAACAAUGAACAAUUGGUUGGUACUGAUGGUGGACAUUUUGAAGAUAUUGAUAAAAUGGCGAGUUCUGGUGUUAGAUUUGAAAAUUUAGGUAAUAAUUGCAAGGAAGAGGAGAACUUAAUACAGUUUCCUAAUGGAUCUAUGAAGCCAAACUCUCAACUAUGGGGGAAAAUGGGUAUUGGGGACCAUUCAAAUCAGAAGCAUAUGAGUGGUAUUACUCAAGAUCAUGAAAUUCUAGUAACUGAAGAUAUCAAAAAGUAUGCUUUGCACAGGGGAUUUGAAAUCUACAAGAAGAUGCGCCUCGAUGGUGUCCCAAUGAAUGAAGCAAUCUUGACAGCUGUAGCUAGAAUGGCAGUGUCAACUGGUAAUGGUGAUAUGGCAUUUGAUAUGGUGAAGCUAAUGGAAUCUCUGGGAAUAACUCCUAGAUUGCGGUCGUACAGUCCUGCAUUAUCUGCUUUUUGCACUAGUGGAGAUAUUGAUAAAGCAUUUGCUGUUGAAAAGCACAUGUUGGCACAUGGUAUCCAUCCUGAAGAGCAUGAAAUAGAGGCACUCCUUAAAUUAAGUGUAGAAGCUGGUAAAGGUGACAAGGUUUAUUAUUUGUUGCAUAAACUGAGAACAACUGUCAGGAAGGUAUUACCCUCUACUGCAGAUAUAAUUGUCAAAUGGUUUGAGAGUGAAGUAGCUUCUAGAGUGGGAAAGAAAAAAUGGGAUGCAAGAUUGAUAAAAGAAGCAAUUGAAAAUGGAGGUGGAGGUUGGCAUGGGCAGGGGUGGUUGGGGGAAGGUAAGUGGGUUGUUUCACGAACAGUGAUUGGAAGGGAUGCAUUUUGUAAGUGCUGUGGGGAAAAAUUGGCCAUGAUUGACCUUGAUCCCCUGGAAACAGAGAAUUUUGCUCAAUCAGUUGCAUCUAUAGCAAGAAAGAGAGAGAAAAAUAGAAGUUUUCAAAAAUUUCAAAAAUGGCUUGACUACUAUGGACCCUAUGAAGCAGUCAUAGAUGCAGCUAAUGUAGGUCUUUUCAGCCAGAAGAAAUUCAAACCAUCUAAGGUCAACGCGAUUGUUAAUGGAAUGCGCCAGAUGCUUCCUUCAAGAAAAUGGCCACUGAUUGUUUUGCAUAACAAACGUAUUACUGGACCCAAGAUGAAUGAACCAGCAAACAAGACCUUAUUUGAUAAGUGGAAAAAUGCUGAUGCACUCUAUGCGACCCCCACUGGAUCUAAUGAUGAUUGGUACUGGUUAUAUGCAGCUAUAAAGUUCAAGUGCUUGAUUGUGACCAAUGACGAGAUGAGAGACCAUACAUUUCAGCUUCUAGGAAAUGAUUUCUUCCCCAGAUGGAAAGAAAGGCACCAAGUGCAUUUCAGUUUUUCUGAUGCUGGCCCAGUGUUUCACAUGCCUCCACCUUAUUCUGUUGUAAUCCAGGAGUCAGAGAAGGGCCAUUGGCAUAUUCCUAUUGCAGCUGAACAUGAUUACGAGGCAGAAAGAAUAUGGUUAUGCAUUGCACGUUCACAAUCAGGAAAAAUGAGACAAACUUUACCAGCUGCACAUCAAGUAGACUUGCAAUCUCUUGAGCGACAUUUGGGGCCAAGUACUCCCACUGAUUUCAACAUAAAGUCGAAUCGAUCAAGUGCAAGCAUGGCUGAAAAUGGAUCAAAAGAGACUCGGGAAAUGUACCAAAAUCUCAAAAAUAUUUUAACUGGACCCAUGAUUUCAAAUAAUUGCUCGGUGCUAUCAGAACUCGAGGCUGCAGAGAAGAUUGGUGACUGUGUUAUUGAUUUUCAAAUAUGAAAUGGGACAUUAUAGAAAAGAACACAUGUUUAUUCUCAUUGUACACAUAUGAAGCCUCUGAACUUACUGUAUAUAUCGUUCAAAUAUAUCAAGCUCCUCCCUGUUGCAAGCAUACAGAUUUUCAGAUGCUGCUGCUAGGGAUCAAAGCUGUUACCUAUUCGGUACCCUUUUCCUUGGACUGAACAAAUACAUUUUUUCAGUAAUUAUGGUCACAGUUGAUAUU